AUUUUAUGGGCCGGGACAAGCCCAAUUGUAGGACUCAAUUUGCUUGCUUAGAUUAGAGAAACAGAAAAUCGUCGAGUCUACAGCAAAACAGGAAGAGGAAAGAAGAGAAACAUGGAUAGAGAAUGGGGUUCGAAGCCCGGAAGCGGUGGCGCCGCCUCGGCACAGAACGAGGCAAUAGACAGGAGAGAGCGUCUCCGCAGACUUGCUCUUGAAACAAUUGAUCUGGCAAAAGAUCCGUAUUUUAUGCGAAACCACCUUGGCAGUUAUGAGUGUAAGCUGUGUCUGACAUUACACAACAAUGAAGGGAAUUAUUUGGCGCAUACACAAGGGAAGCGUCACCAAACUAAUUUGGCUAAAAGAGCUGCGCGUGAGGCUAAAGAAUCUCCUGCUCUUCCUCAACCUAAUAAGCGUAAAAUUAACAUCCGCAAGACUGUCAAAAUUGGUAGACCUGGGUAUCGGGUAACAAAGCAAUUUGAUCAUGAGACAAAGCAGAGAUCUCUUCUUUUUCAGAUUGAAUAUCCUGAGAUAGAAGACAAUACAAAGCCAAGACAUCGGUUUAUGUCUUCUUUCGAACAGAGAAUGCAACCCUAUGAUAAGAGGUACCAGUAUCUUUUAUUUGCAGCUGAACCUUAUGAGAUCAUUGCUUUCAAGGUUCCUAGCACAGAAAUUGAUAAAUCCACUCCAAAGUUCUUCUCUCAUUGGGAUCCCGACUCAAAGAUGUUCACGUUGCAGUUGUAUUUCAAAACCAAGCCACCAGAGGCAAACAAAUCUCAAGCUCCCCCUGCACCUAAUGGCGUAGCAGCUCCUGGUGUCCCACCAAGGUCUUUGCCACCACCUCCCCAAGCUCCACCACCUCCACCACCUCCACCACAAGGACUACCACCAGGCUCUCGACCACCACCACCGCCCCCCCAAGGAUCUUUACCCCCUCCUCCCCCCAUGGCAAAUGGCCCGAGACCAAUGCCACCAGGUGGAGCACCACCUGCCCCACCUCCACCUCCCGGUGGCAGUGGCACAAUGGCUAAUUUCACCCCUGGUGCUCAGGUGGGCAGGCCUCCAAUGCCUCCACAAGGUUUUUCUACCCAGCAGAUGUAGGGUUAGACUGUAUGUGUCCAGUCCCCCAAUAUGGGGCAGUUGUCGUGGUAUUUUAGUAUGAGCAGAGAAUUUUGAGUGCAUUUGUUGUGGCAGCAGCUACUGCAAGCUGGGUGUAUUUUGGUAAACCAUAAUGCCUCAUUUAUCCAAUUGAUAUUUUGCAAGUUUUCUUUUAA